CAAAAAAUGUGUAAAUUGAUGAAUGCUGAUCUUGUUGUCGUUAACAGCGCUGAGGAACAGACGUACUUAGAUUUGAACAUAGAAUAUGAUCAUUGGAUUGGACUCCAUGACACUGUUGAAGAAGGGGAAUGGCUCUGGGUAGAUGGGACCGAUUAUAAUUCAACAAUGAAGUUUUGGGGGAUCAGCCAGCUCAAUGCUAAAGACCUUUAUGGAGAAGAUGAAGACUGUGUUGUGACUUCUAGAAAUGCAGAAUGGCAUGACUGGCCCUGCAAAUCACUUCACUACUCAAUCUGUGAAAAAUCAGUAUAAUGUUAUUUUCCUUGACAUUCCACUCAAUGAAAGUGGAUCUGUUUAAGUCCACAUAUACAGGGAAUGCAGUGCUGAGUUGGAAUUGAUCCAGUAGCUUUUGUGUGGUCAGAGUGUUCUCUUCACCUGAACGGUACUGCCCUAGAGUCCACUGCAUGCUGAAUUUUGACCCCUUUUCUCAACCUAACAACGUGAGAACCCACAUGUGUCCCCUCACCCCAGCUCCACAAUCUCACCUUUGCUCAGGUUUUGAUUUUAAACUUCUCAUCUUUGUCUUCAAAUCACAAACUGUUUUUCACCCUCUUGAUCUCUGAGAUCCCCUACAGCCCCACAAAAACUCCUAUUCACCUCAGUUUUUAAUGGCUGACCUCUUGAGAUAAUGUCCCUUAGAUCUAGCUUCUCCAGCCUGGGCUAACAUUUUGUCAAAUUCUCAAAGUUAUGUAUUUCUAUAAGAUUGGCUUCUAUCCAUAAGGGGAGGCAUGGUGGCUCAGUGGUUAGCACUGUUGCCUCACAGCGCCAGGGACCUGGGUUCAAUUCCUACCUUGGGCAACUGACUGUGUGGAGUUU